UGUUCAGGUGUCCUCCAACGUUGUACACAUAGAGGUCAAGAUGAUGGGCUCAGUCCCAAACCGCCCCCUACACACUAUCCCUACACACUACCCCUCCAUUUGCGCGUUCCCACGGAGGGUCCUCCAUAUUAAGGGCCGUCCCAAACCGCGUAGUGCGGAGGGGGAGUGGACUGUUCAGCCCUUAAAUAGCGAGUCUGCAUCGAUGCUCACUCUGGACAACUUUUUCAGGAAGUGCAACGUCGAAAUGGAGGAGGAAACAACAUAUUGAUGUGAGUUCCACAUGCGUUUAUUUCUCCCACGCCUUUUUCACACUGACAGAACAUCACAAAAAGAGUGAUGUAAAAAGAUAAAUCAAAAGAAACAAAUCUUCUUCUCUGCUGAUGUUUGAUUUAAUUGUGCACCCCCUGACACCUUAAAAUUUGAACACAACUGACAGAAUUCAUUCAUUUGUUGGACCUGAAAUGCCAGAUAAUAGGAUUGGAAAACAUGUGAGUGAAAAAAAAGUGGGACACUUUCGUCUUCUGGAAGUAGCAGCGAUCCUUGUUAGUUGCAACCUGUGCCACAGCGCUACAGCCAUGACAGUAGGCGUCUUUCUGUUACCAUGGCAAUGACGUCUUCCGUUUUCCGGUGAGGCGACAGGGUGUCCCAUUCCUGCCGAUCGUAUUAAUACCCUCCCCCUUCAAUAAUAGGUGCCCUCCACAGCUGCGAGUGUGACUUCUUUUGGAGUGACACUCGGUAGUGGAGGGGGAGUGUGUAGGGGGCCACUGGGACUAAGCCUUGGUGUUCAUGUGUUAAUUGGCUUUAGUUUCUCAAUCAAAAAUGUGGACAUCUGAUAAAUCCAGCUUCAAAAUUCAAGUUUCAUUUUGUUUGUAUUUAUUGAAAAACGGUAUUUACAGGUAACAUUUGAUACCAACAUCUCGACCUCUAUGAACACCAACAUCUAGUAAAAUCUGACAUUAUGAGACUCUGAACUAAAGCUGAUUUCUGUUUCUGUUCACCUGUUGAGUUGCAGUUCACCUGAAGAACCUGUUUCUGAACUCAUUUAAUCAGUUUUUUCCCUUAAUUUGUCACCUGUCUAUAUGAAUAAAACAGGUCAUGGUUCAUGUUGACAUACAUUAGAACAUGUAAAUGAAGCAGAAGAAGAACGCUCCAUCAGAGCUUCCAUCUGUCUGCUGCCCGGUGUGUGGGAUGUCGGAGGACACCUGAACGCAGCACGGAUCACCUGCCUCCCCAGGUGAGCUGAACGAGUGUGAUGAGCUGCUGGAGGUGCAGCUGUGAUAUAAAAGCAGAGCAGUUGCAGCUGCAACUCACAGCUUCUGUCUGCAGCAGCCUCCUCACUGCUGAUCAACCUGCUGGAGCUCAACUCUGUGGCCUGGGCUUCUUCUCACAGCUCGACAUGCUGCUGGAAUCUGUUCUCAGGGUCUCCUGGAUCUGCUUCCUGCUCCUCAGCUCUGGAGCUUGUUACCCUUUUGUAAUUAAAGGUCAAACAGGUUCUGGAGGAGGAGCUGGUGGAGGAACUGGCUCUGGUGGUUCAGGAGGAUCUGGUGGUUCUGGAGGCUCUGGUUUCUUCAGUGGUUUCUUUCCCUCUGGAUCUGCAGGAUUUGCCCCUCUGAUUAACUACCCACAGGGGUUUUCCUACAGUCUGCUUGACUUGAGACCAAGGUUUGUCGGUCUCCCAGACCCCUCAGUCUUUAUCCCUGAUAACAUUCCCACCGAUCCGUUCCCAGUAGUCGUUCGUGGUCCUACGUCCUACAUCGUCCAGUCCAGUAACGGCUACCAGCGAGCCAGAGAACUCCUCUCUCACUCUAAAUACAACCCGGAUGACUUUGGUCCAUUUAACUCUCCGGUGAACCCAGGAGAUCCUAUCCAAGGACCUGGAGCUGGACCUGGAACCAAGGUCUAAGCAGGUAAGAAGCAGCUGGAACAUGGAGUGUAGAAGAAGCUGCUGGUUCAGGGACUGACUGCUGUUUCUUUGUUUCUGCAGGUGGACCUGAUCAGCAGAACCUCCAUGAAACUACAAAGUAACUUUUAAUAAACCUAAAGUAAACCAUGAAUCUGAGUUUGUGUCCUGAACUCCAUUGACUAUUUAAACUGGCUUAGUUUGACUUGAAAUAGGUGGGUUCCUUCACUGAACUAUCAAGCUACUGUUCCAAUAAAUCUGUCUGCUGUAGUUUAAAACCUCCAGGAGCCUCUCAGGUGUUUCUCCUGUAUCUUAUCAGCUCAGAGGCAAGAAAAUGGAGGAUGAUCUGGAAAGUGUCUUCACCUUUGGGCCCAAAUGCUACUAGGUUGAACCUGAUGGUAAAGUGACUCUAAAGCAUCUGGUGUAGACCAGUAGUUCCACUGAAGCUGUCAUUAUUAAACUGUAGAACUCUCCUCCCUUGAGUUGGGUUCUAUUAUCAGCUGAUCUAGUAAACUGGAUGCCAGUCUUGGAGGGUUCAUUGAUAGUUUUUAGUCUAGUGUCAAAUAAUCCGAAUGAUUAAAUGGAUUAUUCUGCUUUUGGAAAAUGGACACUUCACGACUGGGUUGCAGAGGCUCUGGAAACUUCUGUUUCAUGAUUAUGGGGAAUUUUGUUUCUGGAGGACCUUGCUAGAAUCUCUUCUAGAAGAAGGAAAAACAUCUCUGGAUGUCCAACCAUCAAAGGUAUGUAGGACCCUCUGGAAACUCAUGGGGCUUUUCAUUUAGAAACUGCAAAUUUGAAGGCCUACAAAUACUGAAAUGUGACAAUUUAUGUGCAUCAGGACUGGCAAUUUACAUGUUGGGGGAGUUGCAUGAGUAUGGCUCAACGGUGCCACUUGGGAAACUUGAAAUGUGGACUGGAGCUUGCAUGUGUCACCUAUGGUAUUGAAAUUUGGUACACAUGUAUCAUGUCAACAUGCACAAAAUAUCGCUGGUGACCAUACUCAAAACACAACAGGAAGUCAGCCAUUUUGGAUGAAUUUGCACCAAUCUGUGGAUUUUCAAAAGCUUCAAACUCCAGCAGGGUAACCCCGACAGAGCUGAAAUUUGGCAGUAAUGUACUCCAGACAUGGGUGAUCAAAACGCUCCACAGAGGGCGUGGAAAUGGCGGCUGGCAGAAUUUUGAUGUUUUACCAUGAAGCAGGAAACACUGUAACUGGCCUGUACAUGUUCCAGUUUGCCUGAAACUUUACAUGUAUGAUCAGAAUCCAGGCCUCAUCACAUCUUUAGGUCAAAAUAUACAUUUGCAGUUAUAGCACCACCUGGUGGAUGGACAGGAAGUGCUGCAUAUCUCGCCUGUAAAUGCUCCAAUCUGCCAGAAACUUUACAUGUGCGGUCAGAUUCCAGCCCUGAAGACAUUCACAGACAAGACGCAUGAAAAUUUACCUCAUAACCAUACCUAAGGUACAACAGGAAGGUGGCCAUUUUGAAUUAUGGGUCAAAUUUUGGACCAAUUUCUGCGGUUUUUCAAAAGCUGUAAAUUCAAACGGGGUUACUCAAAGUUAUCAAAAUGCUUCACAAAAGUCUGAAUGCGUGGAAAUGGCAGCUGGCAGAAUAUCAACAAUUCACCAUGAAACAGGAAGUGAUGUCUAACUGGUCUGUACAUGCUCCAAUCUGCCUGAAACUUCACAUGCAUGAUCAGAGUCAAGCCGUCAUUCCAUCCAUCGCCAGAAGUGCUCUCUCAGUUGCAGCGCCACCUGGUGGACAUGCUUGGAUUCGCUGACCAGCAAGGAUGCGAGGACCCGACCAACGCUGCUUCCAGCUUCAACUUUGACUGGUUUUCAGAGCAUCUUCCGUUUCCCUUUAUAGGUGUGCUUUUGGUAAAGAGAAAUUGAGUGUAAACUUUCUGGAUUGUUGUGCAAAACAUGAACAAUAUACUCUAAAGGCAAAGGUAAACAUAAUAGAGUAGCUUUGUGUGCCCAACCUGAAGAUUAUUUCAAUGUGUGGGUUAAUAAAGAUGAAAAAGAAAUUAAACCGUGUAAAGCAACAUCUGAAACACGAAGGAACAACUAACUGCAUCGGAAUCUCCACCUGCUGGUAGCAGCAGUUCAGCAGCACUAAAAGGAAGUGAGCUCAUAGAAACAGGAAGUAUUUUUUUAUGUGAUCAGAGUGAGAAUCAGAGCAUCAAUCCUCUUGAUCCUGAACCUUAAAAUUCACAAACCGGCUUCAUCCUUGAGUUUACAAUCACAUUAAGAUGUUUGUUUCUGUUUCUUGGAUUGAGUUUUGUAUUUUUAAUGGUGGAUUUUUUGUAUUCAGUAUUUGGAGGUUAGAGUACAGCUCCGUAUGUAGGUGUUCACUGUCUUAUUUGAGACUUUUAUGUUCCUGGAUGUAGCUUUAAGGAUCUGUUCAGUAAUCUUUUAUCUAUAACUGUACUAGAAAUAGUACAAAGUACUCUGAAAGGUACUUGUUUGCAUUUUGUGCUUGUUUGAGUUUAUACAAAGAACAACAUGUUUUCCUGAUUUAAUUAUCUCAAACAACAACUUGCCUGUUCCUUGGAGGAUCUAAUGCUGGAGAACAUGAUGUAAAGAUGAAAAAUUACCAUGUCUGCAACGACUUUUAGCGGAUGAAUGCACUCAGUUCAUCAGAAAGUCGCUUUAAUUAUUCCAGGUUAGUAUCAACGAAACCCAGCUCACAAACUGAUUCACAGCUGAAGAUUUAAUGUGUCAGAAUGAUGUUAGGAAGCUUUCUGUUGGUUUCUAGGAGGAUAAAUGAGGACUGAACAUCAGCUGCUGCAUGUGACUCCAGAAAAACUGUCAUUCUGGUUUGUUGCUAGAAAAGAAAUGCCAGAUUUUACAGUUUUUAACUGUGUUUGGGAGAAACGGUGCAUGAAUGUUAGGAUUUAUGUGGAUUUUUGCAGCAAUUUAUUACAAUCUGCUGGGAUUCUGAACUUAUUUAUUCAGGUUUUGGAGUUUAUUUAUC